UGGUUCCUGAGUAACUUGCUAAGUGACACCCAAACACCACGGGUCACAUCGCCUCGAAUAAACUACUUUCUCCCACUUAUACACAGUGGCUUACAUUAAGUCUCUAUCCUCUCCUGUAUUAUCGAGUAUAGUAUUUCUAAUAUGGCGGACCAUCUCGUCGUACCUAAAUAAAGACAUCUAUUCAUUGAGCUGAAAUGGUCGCGUAGACAUGAUAUCGAAGCUGCGGAGUUAUAAAAGCAAAUAAUCAGCUCUUCCAACUCUCCCCCUUUUCAAUUUUAUUUUUACCAUCCCCCCCUUUGGAAGAUUAUUCUCUUGUUUGUUCCAUUCUAUACACGCAAUGGAGAGAGACUACGACCUAGCAAAAAUCGAUGGGUGGAUUGCGCAAGGUGAGCUGACAAGGGAGCGUAUUAUGUCACGCCUCGACAAUAUCGCCCAAAGGGACGCAAUUAGAUCAGAAGACAAGCAGACCCUUCAAGCUAGUUUCGCAUCGGCUUCUAGCCGCUCUCCCUCAGGCGAUGGUGACAUCUUGACCGAAUCGGCCUUCAUCUCUCUUCUACAAUCUAAGGCUGGUCUUCCCCGAAACAUAGAGGGUGUCGAGGCUGGGAAAAUUAUCUAUGAGAUGCUUGUUUAUCUUAGCACUCUACCAUUUCCUACGCGGCCGCACCGUCUUCAAUCAGGGGGUCUCACCUUAGCGCAGAUCACUCGAGCCUUAGCCUGGGCGCUAUCGGACAGGACUAAGUAUAUCUUUGAUGAGAGUAACCACUCGCGGAUGCGGACACGAUCGGACCACGAACGCCUGGUAUUUCAGAGCUUAGCCAACAGUACUGUUCCCACCACGAUGCAAGAUGAGGUGCGGCGGCGUGUGAACGAGCUCGCUCACCGCAACCUUUUCGACGUUGACGAGUUAUAUCAUGAUCUUUGCGGGCUGAACAACGACGCUGACGGCGACGAGAUUUAUCAUGACCUACUAGAAGUAAUAUACUCGACACAGGAGGAGGUACCUCCAGGACUAGCAAACGUGCCGCGGGACAAGUUCCGGCCUAUCGCAAAGCAGAUCAAAGUGGACGAGAAACUACCAGAGUUGCAUACUCUUUCGAUUCCGGUACCGCGAUUCGAGGCAUUUGUGAAGGUCAUGUUGGCGCUACAGUUCGAGCCUGUCACUUCUGAACAGGAUGCUGUCGAGCCAUCGCAGUUUGACGACGCAGCACGGUGCAUCUGUAACGCUUUCAUACAGGACCAGGACGAACCCCAGGGUUUAAACUCGGACGCAUCUGGGGUUAUAACCUGGCCCUCAUAUUACCAAGCCCUAGAAACAUCUUCGCCGUACCUACUCUACCCUUUCUACCGGCUGCUCACACUCGCUCUUCUGGAUAAGCCUGGCACUUUUGAUAUUAUUGAUUCAUCCGAACCUAUUCCUCGCAUCCCAGUUGAUGCGGUGCUCACUCGAUCGCGAGCAAGUCAGCUCAAUACGUUCCUCGCUCAUUCCGCGUACGGUCCAGACUUGCGGCGUAUGAAAUAUUAUGUCCCAUCAAACUUACCUACACCAACCUUCCUUGCACAAGCCAUCCAAGACGUACCCGACGAGGCCAUAGUGCUAUUUGCCGGCCAGACCACAGGUACCGGGCCGACAAAAGGGGAACUCUGCGUCUUUGGGCUUUUCAGUCCGAAGCCCAAAGAGGACCGCUCCCAUAUCCUAGCUCGUGCAGACUUCAGGCCUAACGCCGAGGGGCAACAACAGUGUACGUUAUUUCAGCUUGCGCCCAGGCAGGAGUUAUACCAGGGGGUUGCCGGGGCAGUGGGAUGGAGUACCGCCGUCGGUGCUGACGGUAGUGAGGGUGUCAUAUUUGGACGUGCUACUAGUAUUGACGAUAUUGAAGGGGGAAGGGGGGGAGUAGUGCUUAUCCUUCGGGAUGGUUUAAGACGCGGGGAAGUCAGACACCAGGGUAGAGACAUCGACGUGGGUAUAAAUUCGGGUGCGGACAGCCGAGCAGGAGAAGUGACUUACAAGGCAAACCCGAGUCGUGGUGAUUGGGUACUGGAGUUUGACAUCGAUCAAAUUGAGAUCUGGAGUGAGAUUGACGGUAGCGAGUCUAACUAG